ACGAAAGCGCGCAGCACAGCCAACUUUCUCUCUUUCACUGCUCCACGAACUUCUGCGCGCCUGCAGGUGCAAGUCUGACACUCUCACCCACAGCCAUCGGCGUCGGCAUGUCUAUGUGAUUCGCCUGCGCCAUGUCCGUCUCGCCCGAGCCCUCCAGCCCGGAUGCCGCUGUACCCCAAGGCGCCGCUAGUCCUAACGUUCGGCGCUCGCACACGCUUCCCACGCGGCUCAGAAGCGCGUCGAGCGCAUCCGCAGAUUUCCCUGCCCCUACAGAUGGAGUUGAGGCUCUGUUCACGCACGCUUUCGCAAGGGUAGUCCUGUUCACGACGCCUUCCCACUCUCGGCCCUCGUCGAGCUCCAGCAAUCGUACCAUCGGACGAGGCGACAACAAAGAAAACCCCGUCACCUUCCCUUGGGUUUCGCCGACGGAGACGACCGUCGCAGCAGGUCCGCUUCGGUUAUAUCGCGUCCCCGGCUCUGUGGCUUUCUUACACUCUGGAUCACUGUUACACGCGAUUCUUCCCAGAUCGCAGUGCUGGUGCGUCGAUGGAGUAUCCAAGUUCGCAUUGCGCAUACCCCGGCCCAAUUCCUACUACCGGAUAGAGCUGCCUGGUGACGGAGAAGACAAUCUCGCAAAGGUUGAGGAUUUCAAGCGCGUCCUGGAGAAGGUGCUAUUCUACGAGAAGACCAUCUGCCCGUUCAGCCGUGGAUUCCAUGUAGAUCUGCCAGAGCCGCCGCCGACACCGCCCCGUCGUAAAAGGCCAGUUACUCCAGGAAAAGCCAAGCGGUGGAGGUUUGACAAGACAUGGCAGCCAGAAGAAAAAGCUCGUGCUGUAAGCCAGGGAACAGAAAGGUCGUUUGGAUCGGACUCUAGCACCCUCUCUGUGUCUGAGGAAUACGACAGGCGUAGCAGCGUCUACUCGGACAGUACGAUCGGAGCGGAUAAUGUUUCCGAAGAGACGGAGAAGGUAUCUCCUCGGACUGUCGCAGGUUCAAGCAGCAAUAGGCGAUCACUCACAUCUCCCGCCCAGCUUUCGUCCGCGCCAAUCACUAUCCCAGGCGCGUCCGGUGAUGAGCCGUCUGACACCUCUGACGACUCCGCGAGUCUUUCGUCCACCGUAAAUUCUUUUUAUUCCUUUGACGAAACUGUUAGGGGCCAAGGUUCGCGCCCGUCGUCGAUAUACUACGAUUCGGCGUCAAUUUACCAGGAGUCUAUUUAUCCCAGAGAAGAGGAUACGUCGAGGGAUGCAGAGAAUGUCUCGAACCCUCGGCAUAAGCGGGAACUCUCCGAGCUGACAAUCACCGCCGACAACCCGCAUCUCAGCGAAGACGAGCGGUCACCAUUUACACCGCGUGUGCCAGAGAUCCACUUGCCAUCUUCCCCUUCAACGCCGACGUUGAUGAGCGAUUCCGAUUCCGCUGUUGACAUGUCAUUGCCGGAACUGGCCACGCCCCCUGAUACUAUCAGAAUGCGCAGACUGACCGGCACCUCUGCCAGAAGAGCUUUCUCUCCGAUGCCAUUAGCUGCAAACAUCCACGCUCCCCCGCAGGACUCCAGCCCUAGACAGGAUUUAAGCGUUGCUUUGGUACAGAAGACAAUGGGCUUGCUGAUUGGCCCUCCUGCUCAUCUAGUUGCGUUGAUGCUCCGCAUUGCUGCACGCAUUGCCAAUGGCAACACGACCGCCGACACGUGGAGCCUCCACAAAGGCAGAAGCAUUCCGGGGGCGUGGCAGUGGAGCGAAGACGAGGGAGACGAAUGGGAUGAGGACGAUUACGGCAUCCCACUCCGCACGCUAAAACGGGACUCAACCGGAUCAUCCGAAGUUGACUAGGAAGCACGGGGUUACGAUAGACGGCGGUCUGGUGGCGAGAAGUGCUUUAUAUCAUUGGCGUUGUUGGAUACCAGCCAUCCGAUGGCCAUCUCGGAGCAAGGCAGCUAAUGGGCAUCUGUUGGGGCGUUGUCGGAUCUUUCUGUUUUGGGUAUACCAUUCCGGGGGACAGUCUGGAGGUAUUGACGCCCUGAAGGUUGGCAGCUUACAUAUGCACCUAAUAAAAAAAGUAUACGUGAUCAUUCUCGGC